AUGUCUAACUCUUCUGAGCAGUGCACUCUUGAUGUAAACAGAAAACUCAAGCCUGCCAAAAGCAUCAAUUUCUUCUUUGACAAGGAUGAUACCAUACCAAUAACUGGACCAGAUGCUGCUUUGAGCAAGACAAAGACUCAGACCCGCUGGGCUAAUACUGGCAGUCAGAUGAAAGAGUUCUUAGAUGCUGAGAAGCGAAAAACAGCCAGCAUGAAUGAUACAUUGGAUGACAGUGACUUUUCUGCUAGCAGUGACUCAGAGACUGCAACCGAUGUUGAGAUAUCAGAGCCUGACAUCACAAAUAAGGAGCUUGCUGAUGUUCUUGUCUCAAAGGCAAUUCCAUGGAAGUGUGUUACUGUGGAAGAAGUUGAGAAUGAUGAGGACACUGCACCUACCUCUCAAGUGAAGAAGGCUCACUGUAACAUUGUUGACGAGGACUCUGGCAAUGAUGGUGAUGCUUCACCAUUGAGUAAAUCUUCAGCUACAACUGGGAACACUCAGAAAACCUGUAAGGGAAGUGAAGUUCACAGGAAAAAUUGA